ACAGCCCUUCAGCUCUGUUUCGUAUCCGCUGCUUGUCGAUCAUAUGAUUGAGAACGCGGCAGCUGCUUUUGCAGGGUUGACAGCCGGGAAGAAAAAACUCAGAACUGCAAGACGCUGAUUUUAGAGUAGUUUUUAUUUUUGUUGUUUUAUUUUGUAUGCAUUUGUGUAUAAACAAAUGAAUAACAACUUAAUAAAUAGUCAGCUUACGAUUGUUGACAGUACCGACGUGAUAACGUCCGCUGCUAAAACUUUGUGACCUUGGCAGCCCUGACGUAUUCGCAUUUUUGUUUACACGCCAAAGAAGUUUGUAUAUUGUGCUGGGUCUAGAUCCAGCGUUAAAAAAUGAAAUUGGAUAACUUUCGGCUAAUCGAUGAGGUACGACAGCGUCGUGCUCUUUGGGAUUCAACAAUGCAGCUCGGUGUACGCAAGGAUGUUGGCGCUCUGCAAUGGCAGGAGGUGGCAAACAAAAUGGAACUGGAUGUGGCAGCGUGCAAGAAGCGCUUUAAAGGAUUGCGUGAUAGCUAUCGCUCGGAAAUACGUAAAAUACAACAAAAGCGUAACGAAAACUCAAAUUGGCCAUAUUUUCGAGCUCUGGAAUUUCUGCGUAGUAUAUUCGAUCCAGAUAAUUUGGUUUCCUUCUCGCCGGUGCCCUUUGACAUGGAUACGUAUUGUUCAGACUUUGAGCAAAAUAAGCUGGAUGACUUUAUUGUUGAUGUCGAAAACGACGAUUCGUUCGAUUUUGAUAUUAUGGGUGAUAUAUUUAAGCGUGAUCCAGUCGACUCACAAAUGCACGAUUCUAGCUCCGAUAUGUCGCUGAUCAAAAGACAAAACUGUGAUGUGUCGAAUACAUCCUUCUCCAUGAACAGAUCAGACAUGGAAACCUCGCCCAGACUGCUAUCUCCGUUGCUACCCAAAGCACCAGCGGCAAAGCGUGCGAGACGUCGAAAGACAUCCUCCUCCACAGAUGGAACCUAUCAAAAUGGUUAUAUGACAACCAGAAAGUCGACGCCAGUGCCUGCCACAGCGGAAUCACCUGCCAAAGACGAUCCCGAUUAUAAUUUCUUAAUCAGUUUGCUGCCACAUGUAAAAACGUUAUCUAGUUUAAAUAACAUGAAGUUUCGUACAGAGGUCAGUCGAAUGCUGAUGGAGAUGAAUCAGCAGGAUAUGCAGUCGGCGGAACAUUUAGGCGCCUCCAGCUUACCAAAACGAAUCCCAGCACCAGCAACUAGCAGUUAUAGUCAUGAAAAUGACAGUGAGACAACAAAAUAUAGUUCGGGAAACGAUUUUCUAGCUCAUAGUUCUAUGGUCGAGUGUGAUGUUAAAAUCGAGAACGAGCCCCUGUAUUGAGGAUUGAUCAAGAAUUUAGUUUGUAUAUAUAAGAGUCAGACAUACAGAAAUGCCUAGAUUUUAAACCAUACACACAAUUGGCUGUAUCCAAAUUUUAGUUUUACGGCUUAUACCCAAUUUACAGAAAUUACAUCUGUUAAAUUGAACCUUACGACCUCAAUACCCAUACCCCUCCCAUAUUUUUUCCAUGCGGUAAUUAAUGUAAAAAAUAAUGAAGUUUUAAUAUAA